GCUGCUCAUUGGCUACGUAGGACGGAAGCUCGGUUGGUGUUUCUCCAGAAGUUCCCCCUUGGGCGGCGGCGGAGCUGGUAACCUCGGUAGGAGCAGCACCAGCAGCGGUAACAGUAACUGUUAGAGAUGGCGGCGGCUGCUGCGGCACCUGCAGCAGCCCAGAGGUUUUUCCGGAGCUUCUCUGAUGCUCUGAUCGACGAGGACCCCCAGGCGGCGUUGGAGGAGCUGACUAAAGCUCUGGAGCAGAAACCAGAUGAUGCACAGUAUUACUGUCAAAGAGCUUAUUGUCACAUUCUUCUUGGGAAUUACCGUGACGCUGUUGCUGAUGCAAAGAAAUCUCUUGAACUUAAUCCAAAUAGUUCCAUUGCUCUGCUGAGAAAGGGGAUAUGUGAAUACCAUGAAAAAAACUAUGCUGCUGCUCUAGAAGCUUUUACAGAAGGACAGAAAUUAGAUAGUACAGAUGCUGAUUUCAUUGUCUGGAUUAAAAGGUGUCAAGAAGCUCAGAAUGGAUCACAGCCUGAGGUGUCUGCAUCCCAGAGGACUUAUCAGUCAAAAAUCAAGUAUGACUGGUAUCAAACAGAAUCUCAAGUAAUCAUUACACUUAUGAUCAAGAAUGUUCAGAAGAAUGAUGUAAAUGUGGAAUUUUCAGAAAAAGAGUUGUCCGCAUUGGUGAAACUUCCUUCUGGAGAGGAUUAUAAUUUGAAGCUGAGACUUCUUCAUCCUAUAAUACCAGAACAGAGCACAUUUAAAGUACUUUCAACAAAGAUUGAAAUUAAAAUGAAAAAGCCAGAGGCUGUGAGAUGGGAAAAGCUAGAGGGGCAAGGAGAGGUGCCUAACCCCAGACGGUUCAUAACAGAUAUAAAGAACCUGUAUCCAUCAUCAUCUCAUUAUACAAGAAAUUGGGAUAAAUUAGUUGGUGAGAUCAAAGAAGAAGAAAAGAAUGAGAAGUUGGAGGGAGAUGCAGCUUUAAACAAAUUAUUUCAGCAGAUCUAUUCAGAUGGUUCUGAUGAAGUGAAACGUGCCAUGAACAAAUCAUUUAUGGAGUCUGGUGGUACAGUUUUGAGUACCAACUGGUCUGAUGUAGGUAAAAGGAAAGUUGAAAUCAAUCCUCCUGAUGAUAUGGAAUGGAAAAAGUACUAAAUAAAUUAAUUUGCUGUCACUGUAUUGCGUAUGUUCAGCUAACGCCCAUUGUGUAUUAAUACUGCAUUCUUGAAUUUUGAACACUGAGUACAUCUUUUUAAAGGAUUAUACCUCUUUACCUCUUUGUGCUUUAGAAAUUAUUUUCCUUCAAGUGUUCUAAGAGUCUAAUGAAGAAUGAAGAUCAUGUUUUAUCACUUUUGCCCUUAAGGACUUCAGAUAUGCUGAAACGGAAUGAAAUAUCAUUUGCUACUAGAUAGAUUAAUUCUUCCUAGUUGUGAGAGUGGAGAAAUUGUUAAUGGGAUAUCUUGGGUUAUUGCCUUAUUUUUGAUGCAGUAUUCUGUUAAUAAUUUAUUAGACGUGGCAACUUUGGGUGAGCAUAGAUUUCUGAAUUUCAGUGUUAAAUUGUUUGCUUUUAAAAACUGCUUUUGAAUGGAGUUGUAAAUACAAUUUUUCUAUGAAGAA